AGGACAUAUAUACACCCAUUCCCAAACAGAAGACUAUCGCCUUGAUUGUUAAGACUGUUCAACUGCUCAGCCGCCGUACGAUUCCACCUUCGCCGGUAAUGUAAAAAAACUCUGUAACUAGUCGGAUUCAAAACGAUGAUGGAUUUGAUGUGCUUAACUGCCUUACUUCUUGGAGCUGCAAUUGGAUAUUACAUCAGCACUCUACGACAAGCCCGCCGGAUCUUUGUCCCCUCCAAACCUGUCGCCAUAAACGCCGAGUCCAGUGGAAAUAAGAAGACCAAGUCCAAGGAACCCCUCGAGAUUGAGAAACUCACUGAUUUCCGCAAAAAAUUCAAAAUGGUUUUGGUAGUCAGGAAUGAUCUUAAAAUGGGCAAAGGGAAGAUUGCAGCUCAAUGCAGUCAUGCAACUUUGGGUUUAUACCAAAAACUCGUUCAACGGGCACCAAAAGCCUUAAACAGAUGGGAAUAUUGUGCCCAGCCAAAAGUUGUUGUCAAAAUCGAGAGUGAGGAAGAGAUGCUAGUCUUGCAAGCAAGAGCAAAGUCCCUUAAACUGCCAACCCAUAUCACCAUUGAUGCUGGAAAAACGCAGAUCGCUCCGGACUCAAGGACAGUAAUGGCUAUUCUUGGACCGGUCGAUGUUGUUGAUGAUGUAACAGGUGGACUAAAGCUUAUGUAACAACUCUUAGAACCAAUACUGAGACAAUCUAGCAGAAGGGAGAGAAUGUUAACUGGCUCUACUUUUUUCGCCGUUUCCCGGUGACAAAUCUGUUUUCCUUCUUCUUAAACAUUUUUGUCAACGAGAGUUCAACGAGAAAAGACUGCAUUUUCGAGUUAACUACUCGAUUUUACAUGACGCCUUACUAGGAGAUGAUCACAUGAUAGUAUUUGUUGUUAAUCCCAAACAUUAGAAGAUAAAGAGUCAGGUUUGAUGCUUUCUUUUGUUUUGCGUAUAUAAGACUUUUUGUCCAUAAAGUGGUUUUGUUUCAUCGUGUUUGUCUUAAGCGGUUUGUUGUUUCAGACCCACGCAUAGCUAAGCAAAAAUGCCCUAAUGAUCAAACCAACAAUGAUAACUUUCUCUUCAAGCAAUCAAAUUUUCAUGAAAAGAAUAUAUGAAACAGUAAGUAUCUCACAAUAUUUGUAUGCAAUCAAACACCUACUAAACCCAUACUUUCAAAACAGAAUAUGCAAAAAGCUCAUAGGAAUCUUCUAGAGACAAAGAAAUCUCCAGACGAAGCAGAAAAUUCAAAUUAUGUACCGUUCUUCUUCUUCUUCUUUAUCCCCAAGCAUUGUCAAACGCUGCUGAAGUAAUCGCUUGAACGAAUUCUUGGAAGUCGAUACAACCGUCACCGUCACGAUCUGCUUCCUUGAUCAUCCCCGUUAACUCCUCUGCCGUCAACGCGUGACCUAGCUUGGCCAUCGAGUGAGCUAGCUCCGCCGCCGUUAUGUAGCCGUUUCCGUCGCGAUCGAACAUUUUGAAGAUGGCUUUAAGCUGCUCGUCCGUGUAAGGACACUUGACCAGAUCUGGCUCGACGAGGGCGACGAACUCGGAGAACUCGAUCAUCCCGUUGUUAUUCCGAUCGGCUUUCUGGAUCAGAGUGUCGAGUUGGUCUUGACUCGGCUUUAGACCGAGAGAUCUGAGAAGCGAUGCUAACUCGAGCUCCGUCAAACUUCCAUCCUUGUUCUGGUCAAAUGAUCGGAAAAUCUCCCGGAGCUCUGCUAAUUGCUCGUCACCUAGUUUCCCCGGCGCCGGCGAAGGCUUGUCUCCGUCGCCGCUCAUCUUUCUCCUUUCUUUCAAGCAGCCGAAUCUCGGAUCUGAUUUUGAGUUCGGUCAAGCUUCGAUUUCGAUGAACAACAUUGUUUUUUUCCUCGUUUGCGGAAAAAAGGAUUUUAGAUUGAUAUCUGUUUCUUUUUUGACAAGUCAACGACAGGUAUGUG